GUAAACUAACAAUGGCUAAAAGGCUACGGAGGCGACUACAAGUCGAAGAUGACUACACGUUUCAGGGUGAUCGAAUUAGCAUGCUUCCUGACGAUAUAUUAUUGUUAAUAUUAUCUUGUUUGAGCUUGAAAGAAGCUAUAAGAAGUAGCUUACUUUGCUCUCGAUGGAGGAACUUGUGGAUCUUCUUACCCAAACUAGAUCUUGAUCUGGAUUCGACAACAAUACUACUACAAUACCACCGGAAAGCUUAUAACAUCACCAAGUUAAGAAGCGAUUAUGUUAGAUGGGUUGAUCGCAUAUUCACCAUACUCCCAAAUUCCUCCACUAACCUUGUCAGAUUUAAAGUGGCGUUCGAUUUACCUUUAUCUUUUAGUGGAUGUGUCGAUUAUUGGGUUAACUCCGCUUUGAGGAGAAAGGUUGAGAGUCUUGAUUUGAUCUUGAAUACCUACGCCUACUCACCAGAAGAGUUUUACUAUUUCCCAUACCAUAAAGGGAAUUUUCCCGACAAUCUGAAGCUGCUAAAGAGACUGAGUUUGCAUUGUGUGAAUGUGAGUGAUGCCGCUGUGGCAUGUUUGUUGGGAAACUGUGUUCUCCUCGAGCAACUAUCCCUGUCCCGGUGUGGAAGAAUGCUUUCGUCUCUGGAGGUUGGUGGGACGCUGCCGGUGUUCAAAUGCCUAGAAAUCAGCCAGUGCCCUAGCCUCUCUUUAGUUGUUGUUCGUGAUUCUAAUAUUGUCUGCAUCAAGUACGCUGGUCUGGGUAGACGACAUUGUCGUUUCGAGCUAGUCGGUGUUCCUCGUCUUACUCAGCUCUGGAUUCAGGCCGCACACGGCCAGGAUUGGAAUUUUUAUAUUAGGAGCAUCAGAGGCAUUAUAGACAUGUUUGAUUCCGUGCUUCCACAACUACACACGCUCAAGAUAUACUACAACUACAAAAUUACCUGCAAUGACACUUUGCAGAGUAUGAUGCCUAAUCUAAAGGAAUUGGUGGUGGUGGUUGAGAGUGAGUUCAGUGACAAUUGUUCUCUCGUGCCAAUAAUAAAAUGGUUUAGUGUGGCACCUUGUUUGCAAAGAUUUGUCCUAGAGGCGUCACACCAAGAUGAAACCAAUGCAAAAAUUAAUGAACUGUGGGGACCGAAAAGGGAUUACUUGAUUAAUGGUAGUGAUUAUCAUGUUUCGGAGAUUAACAACAAUAACGAAGUUCAACUGGCUUAUUCUCACAUCAAGGAAGUAGAGUUUUUUGGCUAUCGUGGUGUGCGUAAUCAUCUUCAAAUGAUUAGUUGGUUGGUGCGACACGGUGUUGCACUAGAGAGGAUAGUCGUGGAUCCACGAUCUUUCGAGAUACGUCCGAAUAUGCCAUGGGAUCGCAUUUCUCGAAUCCAAAUGGAUGAUGAAAUAAUUGCAAGGAAGCUUGCAAAGAAGCAACUUAGACAUGUUAAUUCAAGAAUAAAUGUCAACAUUCUUUAGACUAGGAUUUAUGAAUUUCAUAGCUCAAAAUAUCAAACAUUUAUCCAGAUUUUGGCACUUGAUUAUUAUGAAACUAUGAACGUUGCAUGAAUGAUCAUUUCUCUAUUCCUAUUUGC